AUGACCAUGGAGGCGGAGCGCGACGGCGAGGAGCAGCGGCGGCCUCUCCUCUCAUCAUCCUCCCCGCCAGCAGCAGCAGCGGUGCACAGCAGCUCGUCGGCGCUGCGCGGCGGCGGAGGAGGUUGGGCCGGCGGCGGGCCGGAGUUCUGCGCUGCCGAGGAGUCCGCCGCCUCCUUCUCCUCACCUAACUACUAUCCCCCGGCCCCGGAGCCCCACCACGACGACGUCUACCCACCGUCCGUAUACGGCGACGUCCUCUCCCCGUCCCCAUUGCCUGCCCCCACUCCUCCACAUACGCAUGUUUCUGAUAGGGAUGCACUGGAUGAGGUGGAAAUACGGAACCUGCUUAUUGAUCAUGUCGACCAUCAAUGCUGCUGGGGAAGUCAACCUGCUCGCACAUGGGAAAUUACGUCCACCAAUGACUGCACUGUAUAUGUUGGAACUUUGGAAACUUUCAUCGAGGAAAGGGAUUCCAUAAUACGAAAGGAACCUUAUCAUGGUGGUAACAUAGAUGGAAGAGACCACGGUCCUGUUCUUGGUGUGUGGGAACUAGAUUUGAGAUCUGAGUUUCCCCCGCUCUUUGUGGAAAAGAAAGUGGUAGUCAAGAUUCCUCAUUCAGAUGUUCCUGAAAAAUGCUCAGAUUGCAAGGGUCGUGGAGAAAGGCCAUGUCCUACUUGUAACACUGGUCAUAUGACCCAGUGCUGUGAAUGUCAAGGCAGGGGUUUAGUUGCUUGCCAAGAUGGAUCUAAUGAUGAAUCUGAUACAGUAUGCGGAAUCUGCAACGGUCAAGGAAUGGUGCCCUGUAUAGCAUGUGGAGCUCGUGGUAUAUUGACAUGCAAGACAUGUGAUGGCUGUGGUUCUCUUCUUGCACAUAGAUGUGCUCGUGUUCGAUGGAAGAUACUGUCCGCCAGAAAAGUUAGUGUGGCAGCUGGAGCUGCUUCGGUUCCUGAAGAAGUUUUUCAUAGAGCCAAAGGGGUGCAACUAUGCAACAUACAGGCAUACCAAUGCACUCCUGCUUUCUUUGCUGAUUCAUACCCGCUCAACCAGUUCUCCUCAGAGGUUGUUGCUAGCCGGCUGCCAGUUCCGCCAUCUGCAAGGGUCAUUUCCGAGAGACACAUCAUCUCGGAGGUGCCUGUUACCCGCGUCACGAUGUCUCACCGCAAGCGAUCUUUCAGCUUCUAUGUCGUUGGCUAUAGCAGGGAUGUUUUUGUAAGGGACUAUCCUUCAAAUUUCUGUUGGGGCCUCUGCUGUUGCUUCGAAUGGUUGUGGAACUAGCUGCAUUCCAUGCCAUUCUUUCGGCAAAUGUUGCACCAUAGAACCUGGUGCGUAGUUGUAAAGAUGUGCUGCGAUUUCUGGCUUGUUAGUGUUACAGUACAGAAUCAGUAUUUGCACUUUUGUACAGAAUUAGUGCAAGUAAAAUCAUUCAUAUUCGGUCAUGAAAAAGAAACUGCGGUCA